AUGGCCUCGCCAUCAACCCCGGAGUCAACGCCCCAGAACGAGGUGAGGCCGAUCCCCACGACGACAAGCGACGGCCUCGGGGAACGUCCGCCGAAGAGGCAUCGGGGAAUUAACGGGGAGUCGCAUGCUUCCGGGUACAGCCUCGAAGGAGCUACCGAGACCCUGCUGGGGAAACUGGAUCACCUUCAGCGGGAUAUUGACAUUUUAAAGCGAGCUGUCUGUGGACGAGGUAAUACCACUGCAUUCAAGGCAUGGAAGACGCUCACUGAUCCAAUUUCCACAUAG